CGUGGGGCCCUCGUGUCGCGGUCCUAUGAUAGUCCGAUCCAUUCCAAAAACUCAUCUUGAUAUGUAAUUGGUUGGACUGUUCACACUAAUUGGAGCUCAUCUCAGCCUACCAAGGGCACCUGCUUACCUAGGUACCUGAGUAGACACCUGUCUACCUACUACUCUGUACCUAGGUAAGUACCUACCUAGGUAGGUACAUCGCCCAAGCAUUUCAUGCUCCGAGCUCGCUCUUCUAUAGCUUGCCGUUGACGACGUAAUCCAACUUGCAGUGGUCAUCACCUCCUAGGAACAUUUUGGGUUCUCGUAAACCUCGACGUUCAAUCUUUUACCAUUUCGUUUCUGCAUCGUUCAGCACCACAGACAAAUAUUCGAACAACAUCUGUCAACCUGGCGGGCAUACUCUGGAAGAAAGAGUCGUCAUCCGUGGCGGCCGGCGCAAAACCCUCGAACCCUCUCCCCGAGGAUACCAUGACCCAACCGCCGCCUCAACCGCACCUCACGCCACAGUUCUGUUUCUCAACAGGGUCUUUGAGAGCCUUUCUUAGACUAUCCCGUGCCAGCAUCGACGACUCAAUAACCCAGAACCUCAACGCGCUAGUAACACCCGCCCGCGCUGGUUUUGACCCGACCUCCACGGCACAACGGACGUCGCGCACAUUCCCGCGACAGAUAGACCCCCAGGCGUGCCAGAACUUCAAGGAUAAAGCGCUGUUUCCGACAUGGCACGCCCGCGCAGAGGUUCUACACUAUUGCGGAGUUGUUGCAACGAGCCCUGACCCCGAUGACCCCGAAGCUCUGCUGCGACAGAUUGAGGACGCCAAGGACAAGGAGCGGGUUGUUGACGAGCGCCUGGACCCCUACUCGGCUAGGUUCUUCCCGCGGGAACCCCGGACGGAGCAGCUCGCGAUGCUCAUACGGCAGGAGAAGGGCAUCGAGAACAUCGUGCGGACACGGACCUGGGACAUGGUUAAGCAAAGGUGCGGCGAGUCUGCGGACACGUGGGAACAAGCCCUGGAGAGUUGGCGACGGAGGACUGGCCUGGAGGGAGACGAGCGAUGAAGUCCAGCCUGAUGUACUAGGCGCAGCUGCAGGGCACCACGCGAUAACUGUACAUUUUGUACCAACAUUGUAACACACGGCCGGAUAAGUAAUGAUAGACCGAAGAGAAAGGUGAAAGUAUUCCGGCCAUAGCUACCUCAUGGCACGGCUGGUCGUUUCGAAGCACAGAAAGGCAAGCCUCGAUCGAGUUCUGGGCAGAAACACCGGACAAUAUUUACACCAUGAACAACAAGGAGCAAAAAGUAAAUAGGUUCUCUCUCGUACCUUGGCUCAACGAUCGUUGCGUCUCUAGUCCACAUGCUGCAGUCAGCAUCCAUGACGAUACGAUUUCUAGCAGUCGAAAAAACGUCCCCCACCGAACAAACGACUGCUGGGUGGAACGUGCGCGCACGCCUGCAGUAAAAGGCGGCCAUUCCAGUGGCUUUG